GCUAGCAAUGAAUUGUGACUCACCAUAAUGAGAUAACCAUUUGGAGCAAACCAAACGAAGAAAUGUUGGGGCGGGCGUGGUCUCAGCCACCGCGGACGGUUGUGGUGGCGGCAUCAGGAGCAGCAAAGGCGCCGCGCCACACACUGACAGCCAUGACGUACAACCUACUAGCGGACAAAUACGCCCGCGGAGGGUGGCACGGCUACUGCCCACCGCAGCACCUGACCUGGGACUCCCGCCGCGAGCGUAUCCUGCAGGAGAUCGAGUCCUACAGCAGCGACAUCAUCUGCCUGCAGGAGGUGGAGGCGCAGGUGUUCGCGGGCGAGCUGCAGCCCUGGCUGGCGGCUCGCGGCUACCGCGGCCACUACCUGCCCCGGCAGUACGGAGACAGCGUGCACGGCCCGCCCGAGGGGGUGGCACUGUUCUACCGGACUGAGGUUUUUGACCUCGAGCAGCAGCACUCGUUCCUGUUCAACUCGGUGCCCACCAGCCCGCCUGCGCCGGGGUCGGCCUUGGCCUCGCUCGCGGACGCGGAAGAGCCUUCGGCCGUAGGCGCAGCGGCAGCAGUAGUGGCAGCAGUUACGGCGGCAGCGGAUACGGUAGGCAGCGGGAGAGCAAGCGGAUCGGAGGUGGGGGCAGUGGUGGACUCGGACGCGCCGCAGGCGGCAGCAGAAGCCCCUGUGGCGUCGACGUCCGGCAAUGCGGAAGCUGCCAACAGCCGGAAACGGGAACGGAGAUCAGGGUCGAAGGCAAGAGGGGCGUCUGGAUCAGGCAGUGAGGACUCAUCGGACGAGGAGGAGGAGCGGCGGGCAGCGGCGAGUGGCAGCGGCAACGGCGGCGGCGGGGCUAGCACGAGCGGGAGAGGUCGCAGCAAUGAGUUCUGGAGCAUGUUCAAGAAGCGGCAAGAGGGCGCCAUCUUGGCCCUGCUGCGGCACCGUGCCAGCAAGCGGCAGCUGCUUGCGGCGUGCACGCACCUGUUCUGGAAUCCUGCCUUUGCGGAUGUCAAGGCUUUCCAGGCCACCGUGUUGUGCAGCGAGAUGGCGGGGUUCCUGACGCGCCACGUGGGCCCCGACGCGCCCAGCUCGGUGCCGGUGGUGCUGGGCGGCGACUUCAACAGCGUGGCGUGCAAGCGCGUGCCCGACGUGUUUGACCCCAAGCUGCCGCGUGACGGGCAGGCUAGCGGUGUGUAUGCGCUGCUCACUCGCGGCAGCCUGCCGCCCAGCCACCCCGACCACCCCGCCAGCCGGCGCCGGCCCGGCGAGGCAGCCAACGCCGACUUCAAGGGGCAGCCGCUCACCACCUCCGGCAUCCAGCUGGCGUCCAGCUACGUCGUGGCGCACGGCAUGGACCCGCCGCUCACCACGCGCACCAACAACUUCGCGGGCUGCCUGGACUAUAUCUUCGUCAGCCCGCGGCACUUUGACGUGCUGCGCACCCUAGAGCUGCCGUACGAGCACAGCUCGGGCGAGGAGGCGCCCCGGGGGGAUCCGGGCAGGGGCGGCGCGGGUGGGGGAAAGGGCGAGGCAGCCGGCACGUACCCGGGUGUGAGGGACCCCAUGGACGUGCCCUUCCCGCCCAUCCCCAAUGAAGUGUUUCCCUCGGACCAUCUGUCGCUCGCCGUGGUGCUGGGUCUGCGGUGAACGUUACAAGGUGGGACCCUCGAAUUUAAGGUGUGGGAGCUCGGGUUUGGGGCGUGGGUGUGGGGGUGUGUUCCGCUCUUAGCCGAACAGCUGGACAUGCAGCAACGGUGUAAACAAGAGCAGGUGUGUAUUGGUGUGAUACAUGUGUGUGUGUGACUGUGUGUGUGUGUGUGUGUGUGUGUGUGUGUGUGUGUGUGUGUGUGUGUGUGUGUGUGUGUGUGUGUGUGUGUGUGUGUGUGUGUGUGUGGCGGCGGAGCAGAUGCCGGCAUGCGCCAUCAUGAUUGCUGACGUGGAUGGAGGACUGGAGGUGAUCGGUAGUGGCUGGUGCCGCACGCUGGGGCGGUAGUGAGGACUGAGGAGAGUGUGCGAUGGG